AUGUCUCCAUCUCUGGUUACUCUCGCCACGGCCGUUCUGGCUUGUGCCUCGACGGCUGCGGCUGCCAAAGCUUACCAAAUCGAGGAGACUUAUGAUACCAGCAACGUCAACAGCAAGUGGGACUUUUUCCAGAGCAAGUUUGACACCGGUAACGUCCUGGACAUUGACCCCACAGAGGGCUUCGUCAACUACCGCUCCUACAACGAUGCCAAAUCGCUGGGUGUGCUCUCGGAGGAGUCGGGUUCCAUCAUGAUGAAGCCCAACUUCCCCGCCGGCAUCACUGCCAAUGGCAAGGGCCCCGACAGUGUCCGUCUGGAGAGCAAGGCCCGCUACCAGCAGGGACUCUUCAUCGCCGACUUCUCGCGCUUCCCCAAGCCAGUGUGCGGUUCCUGGCCCGCAUUUUGGAUGUUUGGCAACUCGUGGCCCGAGGAGGGCGAGCUCGACAUCUACGAGGGCUGGAACGUGCAGCCGGUCAACGGCAUCGCCCUGCACACCGACCACGCGGCCAAGGUCGGCAGCUGCCACCUCGACCCGCAGGACGUCAACGCCGACGUGCACACUACCAACUGCGACAACUUCUUCACCGACAUCCCCCGGCAGUGGGAGGGCACCGCCUGCCUCGUCAAGGAGCGCAAUGGGCUCUGGGGUAACCCCACCGGCGGCGUCUACGCCAUCGAGUGGUCGUCGCAAAACGUAAGCGUCUGGAGCUGGGCCCACGACAAGACCCCCGCCGACGUCCGCGACGGCAAGCCCAGCCCGCGCACCUGGGGCCGCCCCCACUUCUUCAUCGGCGACUCCAAGUGCGACAUUGACCGCGUCCUCAAGAACCAGAAGAUGGUUCUCAACCUCGACUUUUGCGGCGUCACGGCCGGAAACGAGGGCAUCUGGGGAGAGGAGUGCAAGGCCAAGACGGGCGCUGCCACCUGCGCUCAGUAUGUGGCCGGCAACCCAUCGGCUUUUAGCGAUGUUGCCUUUGGCCUGAGGAGCAUCAAGGUCUACCAGAACAAGGAGGUCGAGGAGCCCAAGCCGACCACCACUGCUCAGUCCACCACCACCACCCCGAGCAGCACCUCUUCGCCGUCCUCCACCAACACUACUACCUCCCCCUCGACCACCGCGACCACCACCGCUUCUUCGACCGAGGCCUCGACCGAGGCCUCGACCAGCGCCUCGUCGACGCUGACCACAACAACGCCAGCUAGCACUAGCCCAUCUGCGACCGCGACGCCUUCGUCCACCAGCGACUGCGAGGAGGACGAGCCCACCGGUACCCCCACGCCGCCCACAACCAAGGCCAGCACCACGGCCGCCGGCACUACCACCACCAAAGAGCCUGAGCAGUCGGUCACCUCGACCCUCACGACUACCAAGACCUACACCGUCACUUCCUGCGCACCAACUGUGACUAGCUGCUCGCUCGGCCAGGUUACGUCUGAGGUUAUCACCACCACGACCAUCUGCCCGGUGACCACAACAGCCACUGGCACGGCUACCAGCACUGCCGCUGGCUCUUCCACUAUCACUCCCAUUGGAACUCUUACCCCCACCGGUACUGCCACCACCAAGGAGCCCGAGCAGUCGGUCACUUCGACCCUUACAACCACCAAGACGUACACCAUCACUUCGUGUGCUCCCACCGUAACCAACUGCCCCAUCGGCCAGGUGACAUCCGAGGUUGUUACGACUACGACCGUCUGCCCUGUCACCACAACGGACACUGGUUCUACCAGCACCAAGACCCUCAUUGGCACCCUCACCACUCCCACCGGUGCUGCUACCACCAAGGCACCCGAGCAGUCGGUCACCUCAACCCUCACCACCACCAAGACGUACACCAUCACCUCGUGCGCGCCCGCGGUGACCAACUGCCCCAUCGGCCAGGUGACGUCCGAGGUCAUCACCACCACCACCGUCUGCCCGCCCGAGCCGACGUCGACCCUCAAGACCACCACCAUCCACAGCACGCUGUCGCUGACGUCGACGAUCCGCAUCCCGCGCCCCUCGUCUUCUUCCGUCUCCUCCAAAUCCACCCCUCCCUUCCCCUCGUCGUCGGCCUUUGGCGGCAGCAACUCGACCCUCCCGGGCAGCACCAAGACCACCACCCCGACCUUGACGAGGGGCACGGCGACCGGUACGGGCAGCGUGAUCAAGCCCACGACCGCGACGACACCGCCCGUGCCCAUCGUCACGGCCGGCGCGUCUGGCGUCGAGGCCGCUGGCUUGAUGGCUGUUGGAGCGCUCUUCCUGUUUGCUUUGUAA